AUAACUAUGCACACCAAACCAAACAUUGUUAGUUAUGUCCAUUCUCUUACACAGUAGCAUUUUUAUUUUUCUUAUUAUUUUAAAAAAUGAAUGCUUUGAUGUUUCAGCCCAAUACAGCAUCUGGCUAUUACCCACAAAUCAGGACUUGCAAAAGCAUGCGAGAAUUGAAGCAAGUCCAUGCCUUUCUGAUCAAAACAGCACAAACCCAUGACCCCACAGUGGCAUCAGAGAUCCUCAGGCUCUGUGCCACCUCAGAUUUUCGCGACAUUGAGUAUGCCCUCUUGGUGUUCGACCAAAUGCAUGAACGAAACUGCUUUGCUUGGAACACUGUGAUAAGGGCACUGGCUGAAACCCAUGACAGGCACUUUGAUGCCUUGUUGGUUUUCUGUCAAAUGGUGACUGAGGCAGUGGUGGAGCCUAACAGGUUCACUUUUCCAUCUGUGUUGAAGGCGUGCUCGGUCGCGGCUAGGUUGGAAGAAGGGAAGCAGGUUCAUGGGUUGCUUCAUAAGUAUGGGUUGGUUGACGAUAAUUUUGUAGUGACUAAUUUGUUAAGGAUGUAUGUCAUGUGUGGGAGCAUGGAGGAAGCUUGUGUUUUGUUUAAUGGGAAUGUUGAUGGUGUUGCGGGCUUGGGGAGGGAUAAGAGGAAGGAAGAGUUUAAUGUGGUUCUAUGCAAUGUGAUGGUUGAUGGUUAUGUGAGAAUUGGGAACCUUAAGGCUGCAAGGGAAUUAUUUGAUAGGAUGGUUCAAAGGAGUGUGGUUUCUUGGAAUGUGAUGAUUUCUGGGUAUGCUCAAAAUGGGUUUUACAUGGAGGCCAUUGAGAUGUUUCAUGGGAUGAUGCAGGUGGGAGGUGUGUCGCCAAACCGGGUGACUUUGGUUAGUGUGCUGCCUGCAAUAUCGCGUCUUGGGGCGCUUGAGUUGGGGAAAUGGGUGCAUUUGUAUGCAGAGAGGAAUAAGAUUGUUAUUGAUGAUGUGCUUGGCUCGGCUUUGGUUGAUAUGUAUGCAAAGUGUGGGAGCAUUGAGAAGGCAAUUCAGGUCUUUGAGAGGCUGCCUCAAAAUAAUGUUAUAACAUGGAAUGCUAUUAUUGGUGGUCUCGCCAUGCAUGGUAAAGUGGAUGAUUUGUUUAAUUAUUUGUCAAGGAUGGAAAAAUGCGGAAUAUCCCCUAGUGAUGUUACAUACAUAGCCAUCUUGGGUGCUUGUAGCCAUGCAGGUUUAGUGGAUGAGGGAAGAUCAUUUCUUAAUGACAUGGUUAAUAGGGUUGGAUUAGAGCCUAGGAUAGAACACUAUGGAUGCAUGGUUGACCUCUUGGGUCGUGCUGGCUAUCUAGAAGAAGCUGAAGAGCUUAUAUUGAACAUGCCAAUGAAACCAGAUGAUGUCAUAUGGAAGGCCUUGCUUGGUGCUUGUAAGAUGCAUAAAAAUAUUGAAAUUGGUAGGCGUGCCGCAGAAGUUUUAAUGCAAUUGACUCCUCAUGAUAGUGGGGCAUAUGUGGCUCUCUCAAACAUGUAUGCCUCAUCAAGGGAUUGGGAUGCCGUUGCAGAGGUGAGGUUGAUGAUGAAAGACAUGGACAUAAGGAAAGACCCUGGAUGUAGUUGGAUUGAAAUUGAUGGUGUUAUUCAUGAGUUCCUUGUUGAAGAUGAUUCCCAUACUAAAGCCAAAGACAUACGCACAAUGUUGAAGGAAAUUUCAAACAUGUUGAGCUUAGAAGGUCAUAGGCCAGACACCACACAAGUGUUGCUCAAGAUUGAUGAGAAACAUAAAGAAAGUGUUCUGCACUACCAUAGUGAGAAGAUUGCUGUUGCUUUUGGCUUAAUUAGUACACCCCCAAAGACUCCACUUAGGAUUGUUAAAAAUUUGCGAAUUUGUGAAGAUUGCCAUUCGUCAAUGAAAUUAAUCUCCAAAAUUUAUGAGCGUAAGAUAGUUAUUCGAGAUAGGAAGCGCUUUCACCAUUUUCAACACGGUUUAUGUUCUUGUAUGGACUACUGGUAGUAAUAGAGUUGCCAGUUGGUGAGGGCAAUUACAAAUGUCUAUUAUUCUAACUUAAACUAACUUCCCUUUCAUAUCUGUAAAUAGAGCCUUUGUUUGUAUUGAUGAAUGUACAUCAAAGGGCAUUUUUCAAUGCUUCAGAAAUAAGAAUA